AUGGCUAUGACCACAAUAGAAUGCGAUGGUACUUUUCAAAUCAAUUAUGACAACCAACAAACGAUUAGUGCUUCAGACAACGUGAACUUAGGUUCACAAGCGAACGAACCUUCACAAUCUUUAACGGCUACUCUCUUAUCUCCAAAUUAUCUGCCUGCCAAAAGUCAGGAGAAAGGUUCUACCACGAAAAAUCAAGAGACUAAUAUAAACUUGGUGGAUUGCUAA